AUGGCGUACGCCGCGUUGAUCGAGACGAGGCGUCUGGCAGCUGUGCCAGAGACGUUGAUGAGCAUCAUGUGGCCGGCGCCGUGCUACUUCGUGCUGGGCGCGGCCGAGGUGUUCACCAGCAUCGGCAUGCUCGAGUUCUUCUACGACCAGUCCCCAGGGUCCAUGAAGAGCCUGGGCGCGGAGCUUGCGCAGCUCGCCAUCGCUGGCGGCAGCCACCUCAACUCCGCCCUUCUCGGCGCCGUCGCAUCGGCCAUGGGGUGGAUCCCGGACAACCUCGACCAAGGCCACCUCGACUACUUCUACUGGUUCAUGGCUGCUCUUAGCGCGCUCAACCUGUUGCAGUUCGUCUACUGCUCAACCAGAUAG